AUGGCAUCCGCACUGUCCCAGGUCGUAGCCCAGCACAGGCCCGAUCUCGGCCCGCUGCAGGAGCUGUACAAGUUUCUUCACCAGAACCCGGAGCUUUCCAACCAAGAAUCCCAAACCGCCACCUUGAUUGCCGAGAAGCUCAAGGUCAUUGGCCCCGAUGAUAUCAUCGUCAAGACGAAUAUCGGUGGUCAUGGACUCGCCGCCGUGCUCACCAACGGCGAUGGUCCCACCGUUCUCCUCCGCGCUGACAUUGACGCCCUCCCCGUGGAGGAGCGGACCGGCCUUCCGUAUGCCAGCACGAAGCGCAUGGUUCACGCCGCCACGGGCGUGGAGAAGCCCGUGAUGCAUGCAUGCGGCCACGACAUGCACAUAACAUGCCUCCUUGGUGCCGCUGCAGCUUUAUUCUCUGCGCGAGCGACCUGGUCGGGCACUCUCGUGCUCGUGUUCCAGCCUGCCGAGGAGCGCGGAACCGGAGCGCAGGCCAUGAUCGACGAUGGCCUCUACACUCGCCACGGUGUCCCUGUCCCAGAUGUCGUCCUCGGAGCGCAUGUCAUGCCCUUCCGUGCGGGCUCCAUUGGCACCGGCCGCGGUAUCGUCGCCACGAGCGCGGACAGCAUGGAGGUGACAAUUCAUGGUCGUGGCUCCCACGCCAGCAUGCCGCACACGUCUAUCGAUCCUAUUGUCAUUGCCGCCAGUACAAUUAUGAAGCUUCAGACACUUGUUAGUCGCGAGACGGACCCCGCAGAUUCGAGUGUCGUGACCGUGGCGACUGUCCACGCCGGCGACGCUGAGAACGUCAUUGCUGAUUCUGCCGUCCUGGGAAUCGACACCCGCUCCACCACCGUCGAGACGAGAGAGCGCAUGAUGCGUCGCAUCAAGGCUGUUGUCUCUUCUGAGUGCGCCUGUGCUGAGUCUACCAAGGAGCCCGAGUUCAAGAUGACGAGAUCGUUCCCAUUGACAAUCAACGAUAUUGAAACCACCAAGAAAAUCGAGGAUACUUUCUCGGUGCACUUUGGUGAGGAAAAAGGCCAGUACAAUAGGAGCUUACCGCGCCUCGGCGGCAGCGAGGACUUUUCCAUUUUGGCUACGGCAGUGGACAAGCCAUACUGCUUCUUCAUGUACGGCAGUAUCGAAGAGUCAAGGUGGGAUCAGAUUGAAGCCCAAGGCACCAUUUCCAAGGACAUUCCGGCCAAUCAUUCCCCUAUGUUUGCACCGGUCAUAAUGCCGACAUUACAGACGGGACUUGACGGCUAUGUUCUUGGUGCCUUGACUUUUUUGGGUAAAAGAUAA